AUGAACGGCACCUCUUACGAAAGCGGCGUGCCGCUUGCAAACAACGGGCUUCUCAACGGAAACAACAAGGAGGACGAAACCGCCAAACCGGUGGCAUUCCCGCAAACGAAAAAGGAGUUGGACGACCUUCUAUUACGCUACCAACAAUUGCUUCGUCUUUCGGCCGAUGCCCGCAAAAAACACGAUCCCUACGCCCGCAUGGCGGACGCUUACGGGCUGGGCGGCGGAAUGGCCGAAGCCCUGGCUUUUGUGGAUCCCUACGCCGACGAGAAACGUCUUUUGGAACUGUGUUUGGCCCGUGUCAGCGCCUCCUACGACCAGUACAUCCGCGAAGAGGAGGAGGUGACGGCAGAGAUCCUUGGCGCUUUGCAGAAACUGCUGGGCGAAGCCGUCGAUAUGGCUUUGUUCGAACAGCAGAUUGCCGGCUUGCAAAUGUUGUCUCGCGACAUGGACUUGCCGCCUUCCUUACAGGUCAAGUACGAGAAGGGCGACGACAAGAAAACGGUCGAGAAGUUGUCCUCGGCUGAAAUCGUCGACAGCAUUCUUGCAGACCACUUCUCUGUGCUCAAGGACAGAGGCGAUUUCUUGCAGAGAGCUAAAGCUGCAGGCCUCAAUUUGCCUGCAACCGCUGGCCCUGUGAACCCCUUGUCUACUCCUGUGGGCAACUAUUACACUGAGCAAAUUAUCUCCAGCAAAAUCGCCUCUCGUCUUUCCGAGUUGGAGAACUUGCCAGCAAACUUGGGCACUUUCACCGCGGGGCUCGGGCCCGACGAAAAGGGAAACGUGGACGAGUUGAAAAUUGACGUUUUGAUAGAGUUGAAGUCUCUCCAGGUUUUGGCGGUGCAAAAGUUUUUGAAAAACAAUUUCCUCCGCAAAGUCGCCUUGACUUCCCACUACGACCUGCCUGAUUUGUGCAACAACACCUUAUCCUUGCAGGGCAGAAGAGGUUUGUACAUUCGGGAAAAAGUGGACCAGCCAAACCCGCAUCUUCUAGCUCUGCAGUUGGAAGACAAGUUCCGGUUGGAGGCCCAGGCCAAAGAGCACGAGUUGCACGUUCAAAAAAUCGAACAAAUCUUGGACAGCUCGAGACUUUAUCUGGAUGCAAUUGCCUCUCGCAUCAGCAAAAGAUCGACCUUGGCACGGUUUGUCAACAAUUUCCACGCCAACACAGAAAAGGAGGAAUCCAAGAAAUUAGAGAAAACCGCCAAGCAACGUUUGCAAGCUUUGAAAGCCAAUGAUGAGGAGGCGUACAUCAAAUUAUUGGAUCAGACAAAAGACCAUAGAAUCACGCACUUGUUGAAACAAACAAACAGCUUCUUGGACUCUUUGGCUAAAGCAGUCAAGCUUCAGCAAGCAGAGGCAGACGAUAUUGGCGUUGAAGAACCAACAGAUAACGUGGACGAACUCAGAGAGAAAAUUGACUACUACCAAGUUGCACACAGAAUCAAGGAAGAAGUGAAAGAACAACCGUCAAUUUUGGUGGGUGGUCAAUUGAAAGAGUACCAGAUCAAGGGUUUGCAAUGGAUGGUCUCUUUAUACAAUAACAAGUUGAAUGGUAUUUUGGCCGAUGAGAUGGGAUUGGGUAAAACAAUCCAGUCCAUUUCUUUGAUCACAUACUUGAUUGAGAAGAAGCAUGAGGACAAGUUCUUGGUCAUCGUUCCGUUAUCCACCAUUACAAACUGGACAGUUGAAUUCGAAAAAUGGGCUCCUUCAGUCAAGGUCAUUGUUUACAAGGGAUCUCCACAGCAGCGGAAGGAAUUGCAAUUUGAGAUUAGAACUGGUAAUUUCCAAGUCAUGUUGACCACGUAUGAGUAUAUUAUCAGAGAAAGGCCUAUUUUGGCAAGAUUCUCCUAUUCGCAUAUGAUUAUCGACGAAGGUCACAGAAUGAAGAAUGCUCAGUCUAAAUUAUCCAUCACUUUGAAACAGUACUACCGCACGAAGAACAGAUUGAUUUUAACGGGUACACCAUUGCAGAACAAUUUACCGGAGUUGUGGGCUUUGUUAAACUUUGUCCUUCCAAAGAUCUUCAACUCUGUGAAAUCUUUUGACGAAUGGUUCAACACUCCAUUUGCCAAUACAGGAACACAAGAAAAGAUCGAGUUGACAGAAGAAGAAAGUUUGUUGGUUAUCAGAAGAUUGCACAAGGUUUUGAGACCAUUCUUGUUAAGAAGAUUGAAGAAAGACGUGGAGAAGGAUUUGCCAGAUAAGGUCGAAAAGGUGUUGAAAUGUAACUUAUCAGGCUUGCAACAUAUUUUGUACCAGCAAAUGUUGAAGCAUAAUGCCUUGUUUGUGGGCUCCCAAACAACAGGUACAAACAACAAAUCCGGUAUCAAAGGCUUGAACAACAAGAUCAUGCAAUUGAGAAAGAUUUGUAACCAUCCGUUCGUUUUUGAAGAAGUGGAGGACAUAUUAAACUCUUCUCGUAUUACCAACGAGUUGAUUUGGAGAACUUCGGGUAAGUUUGAGUUGUUGGAUAGAAUUUUGCCGAAAUUCAAGGCUUCCGGACACAAGGUCUUAAUUUUCUUUCAAAUGACAUCUGUGAUGAAUAUUUUUGAAGACUUCUUGAGACUCCGGGACAUGAACUACUUGAGAUUAGAUGGUAGCACGAAGGCAGAAGACCGUCAAGAUAUGUUGAAGUCUUUCAACAAGCCUGAGUCGGAUAUUUUCUGUUUCUUGUUGUCCACAAGAGCCGGUGGUUUGGGCUUGAACUUGCAAAGUGCAGACACGGUCAUCAUUUUCGACACAGAUUGGAAUCCUCACCAGGAUUUGCAAGCACAGGACAGAGCUCACAGAAUUGGACAGAAGAACGAAGUCAGAAUCUUGAGAUUGAUUACCAACGAUUCCGUCGAAGAAGUGAUUUUGGAAAGAGCACAUCAAAAGUUGGAUAUUGACGGCAAGGUCAUUCAGGCCGGUAAAUUCGACAAUAAGUCUACUGCUGAGGAACAAGAGGAGUUCUUGAAGAAGUUGUUGGAUGCGGAACAAGGAGAGAAUUUCAAUGAAGAAAAUGAUUCGUUGGACGACGAUGAGUUGAACGACAUUUUGGCACGUUCCGAAGACGAGAAAAAGAUGUUCACCGAAAUGGAUACACAGAGAAUCAUUCAAGAGAAACAGCAGAGUCGUCAAGGCGGAUAUCUGACCCGGUUGAUGACCAAGGAAGAAUUGCCUGAAGUUUUCACAGAGGACAUCUCCCACCACUUCGAGAAGGACACCAAGGAGUUGAGCAGAAUGCGUGAGAAGAAGAGAGUCAAAUAUGACGAUGGUUUGACUGAAGAGCAAUGGUUGAUGGCCAUGGAUGACGACAAUGAUACCGUUGAGGAUGCCAUUCGCCGUAAAGAAGAAAAACGUGCCAGAAGAAAGAGAAAGAGACUCGAAGGAGAAAGUGCGGAGCCUGAGGAUGACGAGGACGACGAGGACGAGUCUGAUUCUGAGAUACGGAAAAAGGCUCGCAGUGCCGAGCCAGACGAGUUUACAGGAGAAGGCGAAGAUCCGUUGGUGGCACGGUGCAACAAGGUUCUUGACGACAUUGUUGAACUCCGGGCAGAAGAUGGCCAUGGAGUGGCGGAAAUAUUCUUGAAAUUGCCUUCCAAGAGGCUCUAUCCCGAUUACUACCGUCUUAUAAAACGGCCAACGUCGAUUAACCAAAUCCGCAAGCACUUGUCUCAGGAGCGGUUUGACACGUUCGCUCUGUUUAUUGACGAGUUGCGGCUAAUGUGCUCCAAUGCUAAGACAUACAACGAGGAAGGCUCGUGGGUGUACAAUGAUGCCCAGACGAUUGAGGCGUAUAUCGAUGUUGUGGCAAACGAAGAGUAG